AUGAUCAGGAUGGGACUUUAAGCAGUUGUCAUGUCUUUAUUUGAAUGAUUUUCAAUGCAAGUGUCCUCUUUGUUUUUCUGCAGAAACUCAGACUGAUUCUUCAAAAAGACCAAUUUCCUCACAAUGUUUGGGGAGGGCCCUAGGCAAAGCAGUUCUCCUAUUUCCAUACCAGCCAAGAGUCCGGAUUGUCAGUUGGACAGCUAUACCCCCAGCCUGUCCCCUCAGUUCUCAUCAUGCUGGGUGACACAAGCUCAGUGUGAUCUUGCACAGGUCUGUGCUGAGCUGCAGCAAAUCCAAGAGCACCAAAAAAAUGAAUUUGAAGCAGUAAAACGGAGUGUUGAACGAGCUGUCCUAGGAGUGCGCAGAGAGGAGAGGCGUCUCCUCGAGAGGGUGGAGCAAGACCAUCGGGACACUCAGCAGCACCUGGAGCAAGUUCAGAGGGAGAAUCUGGCGGCAGUGCGGGUUAGUCAAAACCUGAUGGACCAAAGGUUCCGCAAACUAGCCGAGCUUCAAUGUAGAAUUGAAGAAAUGGGUCAAUCAGUUGUAAAUGAAAACGUGCAAAACAACAACCUUCUUAUUAAAGAGAUAACAGAGUUCCUACAGCCCUGGGAAAUGACUGUUUCCCUUAAGAAAGUGAACUUCAAACCAAGCUCCCAAACUAAUGCUGUCACCUUUGGAGAAAUCCACAUACAAGAUCAAAACCUAAGCCUGAAUGUUGGAAGCUGUGGACCGCACGGACAACCAUGUGCUCUCCACUCACAGGAGAUCAAGUGUGAAGACAUGAACCAUCAAAGUUUUAAGAAAGAAAAUAGCACUCAAGGACAGGGUUGGACCUCACCAACUUCCCGUGUGGUUCGAAAGAUCAGCCUUUCAAACCAAAGUGACCUGGAUUCAGAGGAUGAACAGAAGCUUUCUUCUGCUAAGAUCCUUCACUGGCUUCCCAAAUGCGAACAAUCUGACAGGAUUUCUCCCCAACAUACUGAAAUGGAUUCGGGUUACUUCCAGCAACAAGGAGAAAAUCUUUCGUUGGCCAUUCCCGUUGGACACAAACACAUCGUCACUUCAUCGGCCGAUGAAGAUCUGGUAAACAAGAUUAACUGUGAUAAAAAGAGUCCUUCCCACUGGAAUCAGAAGAAAUUGCUUUCAGUUGCUUCAAAUAGAAAGCUGUCCCCGUCACCAGAAAGACGAAAGGACCAUGGUAAGCUCAACCAAUCAUUGAGUUUGGAAAGCCAAGAUAGACCUAAAAGAAAAGGGAGUCAGGGCUCCAAUGGUCGACUUCAUAGCUUUGCCAACAGUGCCUUAAAAUCUCCCAGGACAAAUACAAAAGACACCCUGACCAGCCAAAGCUGCUUAGAACUCACCUGCAGAGGCCGCUUUCAUUCCCGCAUCAGCCAGUCUUCGGAUGAACACUCCCUUGGGACACUUGGUGACUCGGGCCGUGCUCCAUCCCCAGCGGACAGCCUCGAUUCAAGCUACACCUUCAUCAUUGGCCCAUCGUAUGACUACGGUUUAAAAAGAAGCUCUCUAAACUACAGUUGCUACUUGUCAAAGUCUGCAUUGGAUUUGACACAGAGGACACAUCCGCUAAUCCCUGGCAGGACAAAUGAGCAAGGACUGUGGAAGGUUAAGAAUGGUAACUCAACUUUGGCCUCACCAACACUCAGUCGACGGUCUCGGAUCUAUGAAAGGGGGCAGAACAUCUUAUGCUCUGCUCACGGAGGGUAUAAUAAGGAGCAACACAAUGAAAGCAUACUGGGUGAAGCAAAACAACCCCUUGUGGCCAGGUCUUUAUCUCUGUCAGCCAUAGAUGUGUCCUCUCAAGAGCUGAAGAGGGACAGAGGAGGGAGGGAGCUGGCUCUGGCAGAGUUAGAGGAAGAAGGGGAUUUGUCCUUCAAAGCAUACAACCCCAGUGGUGUCCAUUUCAUUGGGCAGUUUGGCAAGCAGGGAUCAGGUCGGGCUGACCUUACUCUACCAAGCGGGAUCCAUGCCACACCACAGGGCCACCUCUUUAUAGUGGAUUGUGGAAAUGCACGUGUACAGGUGACUGACCCUAGAGGAAAUGUCCUCCAGCAAUUGACCUCCGCACGCUCUGACGGUUCAACCAGAAGAUGCAGGAAUUACUUUGACAUUGCUGUCAAUGGAAAAGGCUUGAUCGCUUUGAGCUGUGCAGCAGAAAGGGCUCUGCUUGUGUUCAAUCGCCAUGGCCGUCUACUCCAGACCUUUGGAGGCUCUGGCCUGGGUUCUGCAAAGGAUGAACUGGAGGCUCCAAGGGGUGUGACUGCGACCCGAUUAGAUGACUUUCUGGUUGCAGAUAUUAGAAAAGGUACACUCAUUUCCUUGAAGCUCGAACCAAAGACCGGUUCUCGGCUUGAGCGCACAGUUGUGACCGGGUUCCACAGGCCCUACUUAGUGGCAACUUGCUUGACAACAGGCUUAGUAGCUGUGUCUGAAAGGGGCAAUGAAACUGGACGUGUCCCUUGUAUAAAAGUGCUGGAGCCAGGCUGGAACACCAUAAGAGUUCUAGGUGUGUGUGCAGGCAUGGGACCUGUCCUGGCCUGCCCCUGGGGAAUCUGUAUAGAUACAGAUGGUAAUGUUCUGGUCGCAGACUGGGGGGAACAACACAAAAUUGUGUUAUAUCCGGAACAAGGAUUCGGUUGGCCCAUAGUAAACGAAGGACUGAGUAGUCCACGUGGACUGACCUUGUUACCCGAGGGUCAGCUUGCUGUGUCAGACAGUAUGCACCAUUGCAUUAAGAUUUACCAAUACAAAUGAGUAGUAAAGUAUAUACAUUCGUAAAUGUCUGGGGUUAUAUACAUACUCUUUGGCCUAUGAGACAUGUUUGAAGUGUUUCUCCAUUUGUCUUUGUUUGUCAUUUUUGACCAAAACUAGUCAUGGUAGAUGGUCGGUCCUACCAAGUUUGGUUCUUUAAGAGUUAUUUUCUUUAAUUUACAUUGUUGUACUCCACUCCACAAUCAUCCAAAUACAUGCUCAGUACUGGAAAUAUUACCUCGAAUGUUACCUGGCAACUUCAAACAUAAAAUUAAUUGUGUUCAAUUACAUUUGAAGAAAUUGUUGUAGGAAAAAUAAACAUCUAUAACCUCUAUUGUCAUGGAAUCUGGAUACUAGUUUAAACUUUCUGAAUGCUACAUUCACAUUGGGAACAUGUCGUGCAUUCAAGAACGGUCUGAAGGCAAGUUCUUGAACAUGCUUUUGGCAUAUGGUGUUCGCACUGGACUGUUGGUACCUGAUGCAAAAUGUCAAAGCAGUGCCAAACGCGUGAAUCUUUCUCCAGGCUUUUUCUUUCACACCUCUAUUCGGAUAUACAAAAGACUUGGUGUCAUAGAAUUCUGGUCGGGUGCAAACUGAAAUUAUUGUUUCUCCCCCAUGAUCAAUUCUCAAGCGGUUGGCACUUCUGUGAAGUAAAAAAAAGGAUGCCAUCCUUACAUCAUUACCAUCAUUACUCAAAUAAAUGCAGUAACAGUGUUUCUGCAUUCAUUGGAAGACAUUUAAACUCUGACAAAGAAAAACAUUUUGAAGAAAUCCAGAUUUAGAUUGUUUCCUUUGAAAAUAUUUCCACCUGUAGCACUGAUCCAUGUCUUAAAAUGUCAGUCUUAUUUACAUAACACUUGGCUUGUGGAUCAAUAAAUGCAGAAAAGUGAGAAGCUCUGCCUUCUAGGAUCCCUGCAGCUUGAGAACCUUUUGACAGUACCGCUCUACUUUGAUUCGCAAAAGCCCUUUUUUUUUAAAUUAUAGAUUUUUUUCUAAAAUAUAAAGCAUGUGCAUUUACAUAGCAUCAGGUACUGGUAGUUAAUUGGGAUAGUUUUCCAUUCGCAAAAGAAAUAUGAUCAACUUUUCAGGUCAAUCACACUUAAUCUGUGCAACUUCUACCCUUUCUUUAGUAACUAGAUUUGUGUGUCUGUUGUGUUAGUCUGUGUAGCCUGUCAAUGAUAUAUCAUUGCUCCAGAUAGGGCAACUGCGAGUGUCAAUAUUUGGUUUUGCUGCUGUUUUUUUUCUUUGUUUUGGUUUGAACGUGUUUUUCCAAAUCUAUUUAUACUACUAGGUGCAGUUGUUGCUUUAAAACACAUUUGGCACUUGUGUUUUAAUCUUAUUGAUGUCUCUUCCAGAGUUUUUGGUGCCUACAUAGCAUUAUGAUUCUUUGCCACAGAGAACUGGUAAAAUUUGGUCACAUUUCCGGGCCUAUACUAAUCUAGUUGGCAUCCGACUCUUCUUCACACUGUUCUCCUAAAACUUCUUCAGAUUAAUUCGCAGUUUUGUUCUGAAGACUUACUUAUCUUAGUAGUUUUGAGAAAACUACUAAAAAAAGUCUUCAGGAUUGUUUUCUUGGAUUUCUUUCUAUAUUCACAUUUUUCUAUAGGUUGAACUAGUAUUCUAUAUAGAAAUAGGCUAAAUAUGAGUUUUUUUGAUUUCUUUCCAAUCAUUUGCGUCUGCCAUUAGGAAACUAUGCUGUAUAUGUAUUGCUGUGAUGUUUCUCUGUACACAAGUAACUUUUUCAACAAGUUUUAAGAACCAUCUAUGCACACACUUCUGAAUAUUAAUAGCCAGAAAUUAUUUAAGUUUCAUCUAUCAAUAACCUGUUUCCCCCUUUUAAAAAUUGAACUUGGCCUCUUGCCUUGUGUUUCUUUAACCCUUGUGCUAUCUUAGAUGACCCCACCCUUACAUUGACGUGUUCUCCCUACCAUGACAAAGGUGGAUAAAGGUGGAAAG